UUUAGGAGAUAUUCAAAAACAUAUCAUUUUUUGUCCGUUAGCGAGGAACACGUUCGAGGCAUCCCCAUCCACUGCGCUUUGGUGUAACAAAGUGAAUGUUUUAUCGAUCUAAAAACUAAAAAUAUUUCGGCAGUUUUACUCCAAUUUUAUUGACAACACUGGUGCUGUAGACUACUUAUAAAAGGACCACCACAUAUGUAUCUGUGAUAAAUAUAAUAUCGGACAAAUUGUGUGACUUUUUCAGUAUAUAGUGAUUAUAUCGGGAUAUCAUUAACUACUUCAUUUCUUUGAAAUUGCGAAAAGAAAAGAAUAAAAUGCUAAAUAUGGGGGGAAAAUAUCGAGUCCCCAAUAACGUACCUUUGGAGCAUCAAAAUGGAGUAGCAGAGAGUAUCGCCGCUAUGCAGGAACAUAUUGAAGGUUCUAAUGGCAGAUAUCGAUGGAGUUAUAAUGAUUUCGAAUUAGGAGCACCUCUAGGCAGAGGAAAGUUUGGCAGAGUUUUUUUAGCCAGAGAGAAGAGCACUCAUUAUAUGGUGGCAUUGAAAACUCUGUACAAGAAGGAGCUCAUACAGGGACGUGUUGAGAAACAAGCACUACGUGAAAUAGAAAUUCAAUCACACUUGAGACAUCCUCACAUUUUGCAAUUGUUGACGUAUUUUCAUGACGAUAAGAAAAUUUUCCUAGUCCUCGAAUUUGCUGCUAGGGGAGAACUCUAUAAAGAACUCAAGAGACAACCUGGGGAAAGAUUCAAUCAGCAUUUAGCUGCCAAAUAUACUUACCAAGUGGCUGACGCUCUUGACUACUGUCAUAAAAACAACGUUAUUCAUAGAGACAUAAAACCUGAGAAUUUGCUGCUAGAUUCCAAUGGAAACAUCAAACUUGCAGACUUUGGAUGGUCUGUGCAUGCUCCAUCAUCAAAACGAACUACUUUAUGUGGAACAUUAGACUAUCUUCCUCCUGAAAUGGUCCAAGGGCAGACGUACAGUAUUUACGUUGACCACUGGUGUCUGGGCAUUUUGUGCUAUGAAUUCUUGGUUGGUAAACCACCAUUCCUGAGUGAAUCUCAGCAAGAGACUUAUAGUAAAAUUAAGACUGUUAAUAUUCAUUGGCCACAUUAUGUUACUACUGGCGCUAAAGAUCUCAUUUCAAAGUUGAUCAAGAAACACAGUCAUGAGCGAAUUUCAUUACCAAAUGUGAAAAAACAUUUCUGGAUUCUCGAGCACAAAGAUAAAACGAUGUGAAUGCAAACAUUUAUUUUUUAUUUUUCUAUUCCUAUAAUAUUUCUUAAUACUAUGUACAAAGGUAAAUUGUCAUUAUCGAAUUAUGGAUUUAUCCAAUCAUAUCAUGACAUUGUAUGCUCAACGUUUUAUAACAAGGAUGUUU